ACGGUUAAUUUGGCUGCCAUCUGUACUCCAGCGGAUUACAACACAAGGCCGCUGGAUACUAUCUACAGCAACUUCGUCGAUGCUCUCCCCGUGGCCAAGUUCUGCUCCGAUUUCAAAAGAAGAUUGAUUCAUUUCUCCACCUGUGAGGUCUAUGGCAAGACCGUUGGAGCCUUUUUGCCUCCUGACAGCAAUAUGCGCAACGAUCCCCAGUAUUAUGUGCUGAAAGAAGACGAAACGCCUUGCAUUUUCGGGCCUGUGCAAAAGCAACGGUGGUCAUACGCUUGUGCAAAGCAGCUCAUUGAAAGGGUCAUCUAUGCUGAGGGGGCUGAAAAUGACCUCAAAUUCACCAUCGUCCGCCCGUUCAACUGGAUUGGUCCGCGUAUGGAUUUUAUCCCUGGAAUUGAUGGCCCCAAGGAUGGCGUGCCUCGCGUUCUUGCUUGCUUCAGCAAUCAACUUCUGCGCGGAGAACCAUUGAAGUUGGUUGACGGUGGCAAGUCACAACGGACCUUUGUGUACAUCAAGGAUGCAAUCCGCGCCGUGAUGCUUAUGAUUGAGAACCCAGAGCGAGCAAACGGGCACAUAUUUAAUGUCGGUAACCCCAAGAACGAGGCUAAUGUUCGUGAACUGGCCACGAUGAUGACACGGAUCUAUUGCAAAGUGAGCAAGCAAGCAGAGCCUGCAACACCCACAGUCGAUGUUACAUCAAGUGACUUCUAUGGAAAGGGUUAUGACGAUAGUGACCGCCGAAUUCCAGACAUGACACUUAUUCAGCAGCAGCUGGUAUACUGGAUGAGUGAAUAUGGCUCGAAAGUCAUCUCGGAUGGGAAGAUGCAAGGGGAAUGGAACACCAAGGCAGGACGGGAUGGGCUAGAUGCCGUCUUAUGCCAUGCAGAGGCAGUUUACCAGGCCAACAUGGCCAGCUUGAAGGCGUCCCUUGGGGGUCAUCUACAGCCCAUGCUGAGAUGCCAACAUGGCCAACAUGAAGGCGUCCCUAGGGGGUCAUCAUCUACAGCCCAUGCUGAAAGAUUUCCAUGGCAUGCGCAUGCGCGUGCUCCUUUCAACUCUCCCCCUUUUCUCUUCCCCCCCACCACCUCCCUCUCUCACCACCUUCAGGCCAACAUGGCCAACAGAAAGGCGUCUCUAGGGGGCCAUCUGCAGCCCAUGCUGAAGGACUUUCACCACACGCACAUGCGCGUGCUCAUUCCCACAAAGGCGUCUCUAGGGGGCCAUCUGCAGCCCAUGCUGAAGGACUUUCACCACAUGCGCAUGCGCGUGCUCAUUCCCACGUAUCCUUGUCCCUAUGAGGAGCGGGUGGGGGCGUGGGGCGUGGGAGGGAAGUGGGUGUGUUUGAUCCCAACAGCUGUUCAAGCCAAACCCGUUGUCUACAGUGUGGGCAGUGACGAGGAGUAUUCAUUCGAAGAGUCAAUGUUUCGCCACUACCGCUCCCAGCCCUACACGCUCGACCCGUUUCUCUCCCCGCAAGCCCAGGCACGCAUGCAGCUGCUGCGCUUCCUGCACUUUCACUCGCUGGGGCUGGCUGGGAAAGCAUCGUUAGGCGACUACCAAAAAUGGAACCCGAAUGUGACUUUCCGCACUCUGCCUGAAUUGAUGCAGGUAGGUGGGGAGGGCGGGGGACGGAAAGCGCGAGGGGAGCGAGGGAAGAGAGGGGAGGGAGAGGAAAGGGGAAAGAAUGGAGAGAGAGUGGGGUGA